CCCAGUUGUCUGUUAUCUGUCUUGCCCAGUGUUUUGAUUUAGUGUGUUGUGUUUGGCAUCGAAAGUGCUGGAUGAAAAGCAAAAUUUAACAGUAAUUGUCUUGGUGUACCUUGGUUCAUCAUGGUCAAACGAAAAAAUACUGCUUUAAUAGAGAGUGACUCCAGCAAUGAUUCUGAAAGCGACCUGGAUUCGGAGUUCUUGAACCUCGCCAAGAACAAAAAUAAAAAGAAACCUUCCCCAAAGGCAAAAUAUUCUUCAGAAUCGGGUUCCGACAGCGAUGAUUCAUCAAAAAACAGCAAGAAGAAAGUGAAAAGGGAUUCUGUCUCUUCUGAAUCAGAAAAAGAAGAAAGCGGCAAGGAGGAUGACGGAAAGGCAUCAGAACCCGAAGAGGGAGAGGUCUCCGAUUCCUCCAGUUCGGAAGAAGAGUUCAACGACGGUUACGACGACCAGUUGAUGGGUGACGAGGAAGACAGAGCCAGGCUGGCCUCCUUAACGGAGAAAGAAAGGGAGACGGAGAUUUUCAAGCGUAUUGAGCAAAGGGAGCUCAUGAAGACUAGGUUUGAGAUCGAAAAGAAGCUCAGGCAAGCAAAGAAAGCAGAACGUGCCAAAGACAAGCCAUCAAAGCCAAAAGAAAAGGACAAAGACAAGGACAAAGAGGUCGCGAAUAAACUCCAAAAUGACUUCAGCUCCAUCGACCACAAAGAAAGAAGCAAGGAACGUAAGAAAAACAUAGAAGAAAACCGCGGUAGGGUGGAUAAACGUGUCAACGCUAUGGCGGAACUGAAAGCCAGACGUGAAGGGAAAAUCAAAAGGGAGGAAGCAGAAGAAGAACGAAAGAAAAAAGAGGAACAGAAGAAAAAAGAUGAGGAGGAGCAGAUUCUCUCCAAGAAGAACGAAUUGAAACUGAAGGCGUCUGAUAUUUACUCUGAUGAUAGUGAAGAUGAUGAUGGGUUUGAAAGUCAGACACGGCACCCAAGAGCGAGUAUUCCGACUAGAAUUUGUAUCGAACCAGGAAUUCUCUGACCCAGAAUACCACAAGUGGAUCGAAGCGAGCGCCGCGGCGGGUAACGACCUGCCCGCCAAGUCGAAGAUCGACCAGAAGCAGGCCGACAUCAAGGAGGCGAUCAGCUACGAAUUCAAUGAGCAGGACGUCGAACGGAUCAUCCAGGAAAAGCAGCGGUUCAAAUCGAACCCUUUCAACUAUGCCAUGAGGAAGACGCAGCUGAUGAAGGAGAGGGACUCGGCGAUGAGCAGGGGGGAUGAAGAGGCUGCCAGGGAGCUCGGGCAAAAGUUGACGGAUCUCGAAGAGAGAGCUACGGAAUUGGACAAGUUGCGAACGUCGACGAUAUCUAGUAUAUCGUACAUAAAUAAUCGCAAUAGGAAGAAGAAUGUUGAGGAGGCGGAGAAGGCAAUUAUGGCCGAGGUUCGGGCGAACAAAGGAAAGAAGAUCGAGGAUCCAUUCACCAGAAGAUCAACAAAACCUCGAAUGAAUUUCAAAGCAGGUGAGAAAGAGGCUCGCGCUGCGGCCCUGUCGAAAGCUCCUGCCGAACUCAAGAAACCGGAAGCUUCACAGCAACCCGAUACUGCAAAGAAACCAACUCAAGGGGCGACGCAAGUCUCUCAAGACGAUCUGUUUUCAGCUCACGAUUUCGAUAUCAAAAUCGACCUUGAGGUCCCCUUAUCAGCCACUCCAGUAAACAUCGUCCCAAAAUCAGUAACGAAGGACUUGGCCCCCAAACGAAGUUUGAAUCUGCAAGACUACAAGAAGAAACGCGGUCUCAUAUAGUAUUUCCCUCGACAGACAUUUAGGAAAAAUACAUACAAUUCUUCAAAUUUGAAAGUGACUCAAGAAGGCAUUCGAGUAUUACUUUGUAAUUUUAUUUAUUGUUAAAUAAUUUCUCUAGGCCUUAACGCGGUACCCCAGUCCCAUAGAAGACAGACGUUGUAUAUAUGUAUCUUCAUAUUGUCUCUGACUGUUAAGAUAACAAAAAUAUUCCACAAUAAAUCUUUUUUUUUU